AUGGUCGAUAGUGGUGUCCCCCAGGGUUCAGUACUGGGACCCAUUUUGUUCCUUAUCUACGUGGACGAUGCCGCAAGAGAUUUAGACUGUGAAGUAGCAAUGUUUGCGGAUGACAUGAAGAUAUGGAGUGUAAUUCGGGGUCCUGCCGAUGAAGACAGACUGCAGGUGCACCUGAAUCGGUUGGAGGAGUGGUCGAACCGUUGGCUCCUGCGGUUCAACGUUGCCAAAUGUAGCAUACUUCGUCUAGGCAACACAGCCAGAUCCGCCAGCACAAGAGGAUACUUUCUGGGCGGUGCAGCCCUACAAGAGGUCGAAGCCCAAAAGGACCUCGGUGUGCUUACGACGAGUUCCCUAAAACCAUCCGCCCACUGUUCGAAGGUGGCAAAAAGCGCAAUGUCCGUACUGUACGCCAUCAAGCGUGCGUUCAUGGACUUUGACGAAGACUUUCGGAACAUUCGUCCGGCCGCAUUUAGAGUACGGCAUACAAGCUUGGAGGCCGUGGGCUGUUGAGGAUCAAAACUGCCUCGAAAGAGCCCAGAGGAGAGCCACGAAGAUGGUUAGGGGUCAAAGCUCCUUUCUUUAUGCAACCCGCCUAGUAAAUCUGAACCUCUUUCCUUUGAGUUACAGCCCACUUCGCGGAGAUCUCUCGCAAGCCUUCGGCAUUGUAAAGGGGUUGGAUUGCAGUCUGUCCUUCGAGGACUUUUUUUUAAUUUGCUACCACGACCAACCUCCGAGGUCACCCGUUAAAACUGCGCACUCAGCAGGCACGGCUGGAUGUGCGGAAGUUCUCCUUCUCGGUUCGGGUGGUCAGACCAUGGAAUGAGCUUCCCGCAAAUGUUGUGAUGUCACCAUCUAUACAAAGUUUUAAGAAGAAUCUGGACAUAUUUGUGUUCCGAAAUGACCAAGAGCGAUGAGAAGUCGAGCUCACCCCCUGUAACUCCAUCCCAUUUUGUCCCACAAUUAUGGGCGUGUUCGAACUAUUUCAGCCCAGAACAUCUACCUGUACACCACACUUUUUUACGAUGCAAAUAGAGUACUCAAAGGCUUACGCCUAUCUCCCUCAAUAAACUGAACUGAACUGAACAAUCGCAAUGAUAAGGAAACGCAUCUGUUUACUGUAAGUCAGUACGGAAAUAUUGUGUAUGGCAAAGUGUUUUACAGAGCUGGCUGUGAGUAAUCAUGUUGUAAAAGUCGGUUUCUGCCUUCUGAACUAUCUUUCUACAGUUUUUGAUGACAUUAGACUUUUAUUCGUUCAUACAUUCAGAGCUCAGUGUCCUUCUACAGCUUCUAAUGCCAUCCCGUUAAAAGAGUACUGAUUUAUGAGAGGGGCAUGUUGCCGGGGUUUAAGUGCGAGACCAUGCAUUUGAGCACAUUAAACUUUAAAAUCCAUCUGUUUGACCAGACACUCCGUUUGUCGAUGUUCGACUGCAACUGCUUUGCGUCAUCGUCGCACCUGACUUCAUUCCAUAGUUUUAUGUCACCCGCGAACAUGAGAGCUCCACAACCUAGUUCGCUGAUGCAUUCAUUUACAUAAACCAGGAAGAGUAGUGGGCUUAAAACAGCAUCCUGUGGACACCAUUUUCAACUUACUACUUAAUUUGCUAUGUUUAAACACACAAUUCAUAGUCCACGAGGUACCGGCAGCUACACGAGUGCACACAUUCACUGUUAAUCUGAACCCAUGAAAAGGAUAUCUGACGUAUACGUUGUUAGUCCCAAGCGUAUUGCUGAAAGUCUCUAGAACGAUAACUGCCUGUGUCCGCGGUAUUCAGUAAUCAAACAUUUUCCGCCAAGUCGUUUUGAUUGCAAAAAGCAACCUAACUGUUUACGCAACCAUAUUGGCUUCUGCGACCUUGUUCUAGCACAUGAUCAAAACCAUUCCUUUUACUCCUCCGUACAAGGGUCCACAGGCGCCCGAAAGACAAAUAAAUUGCCUAAACAUAGGUUUAUUUUCUCCUGAAGUUAAUUUUAAUGCUAAACUUAAGGUUUCGCACAUCUUUCUUCGCAACACUCAACUCUAAGUUGGUUGCCUCUCUAAGACAGGGUCUAAUGACUUUGCGUCUAAUGGUUUGAAAUAUAUCCAAAGUACGAAACAGAGCAGAAAUAUUAAUUCCCGGAAAAUACGUUUCCAAACAUUUAAAUCUCCAGCUUAUUUAUAAAUAACAACUAACAUUGGUAGCAGAACCGAUUAUUGCUUUAGAUUUCCAUACGACGUAUGGAGUUCACAGCUUACAUACACGUCUCCAAAUUUUUUUCUAAAUACCAUCGGCAAAAGCCCUGCUGUUCGAACUACACUAUAUCUAUAUUAUUGAAUGCCAGGUCUGUUAAUAACAAGAUGGCUCAAAUCAGGGCCAUUUCUCUCAAAAUGACGCCUGAUAUUAUAUUUAUAAUAGAAUCUUGGACCCAUUUUCUAAUUCAUGAAUCUGCCCUUCCUAUAGAUUACUUCGAUUUUUAUCCUCUAGACCGCACUACUAGGCGUAGGGGCGGUUGUCUUCUUUAUCUUACAUCCUACUUUAAGCACUCUCCCUAUUACCUGGAUAUUUCCUCAUUCACAGGAAACUUCUGCUUUGCAUCUGUCAUUCUCUCGCCGCAAAGAAAGGCAAUUAUUGACUUUAUCUACAAACCCCAAACUAUUCAGCCACUGAUGUUUCACAACUUUGUGAAAUCUUUAAGUCAAUUUCGAAAGCUGCUUUUGAUGUUAAAAUAAUCACUGUGGAUUUUAACCUUCCCGAAAUAGACUCACUUUCCAAUACCUGUCCACCUAGAUUCCAGCCCUUCCAAGAUAUUGCCAAUUUUUCUAACUGGUCCCAACUGGUGCGCUCUCCAACAAGUGAUAUUCACACUUACAUCUGAUUUUUACCAAUGAUAUGACCCUUCUUUUUGUUGCUCCCAAAAAGGACCCUUAUGAUAAUGACCACGUAUUAGUUCAUUGUUGCUUACCGCAUCCAUUUUCAAAAAAGACCAACACCGCUCGGACAUACCUAAACUACGAUUGCGUAGAUAACGACUUAAUAAAUAACUAUAUUGCUAAGGCCCGUUUGUGCGCAACCGUUUAAAAUCCUCCGAUCCGAGCUAAAUUGAAACUUGUUUAAAAUUGAAAUACUUGACAUAUGACGUGUUUAGCCAUAAUAAAACCUCAUGCCCAGGAAAACAUACUUGUGUGAUGCCUCUACUCCCUUCCAGAAUGUAGCAAUGGUGACACAAGCCUCAAUCACUUAAUAAACGAUAUAGGUAAUAUAAAAACUGAAUAUAAGACAAUCGCAGACGACCUUAACCGCCCAGAAAUAAAGUGGUUCGAAUUACCGGCACCUACCAGGCACGAAGAAUUGUCAUCUUCAAUUAUCUUUAUAAUCUAGACACAAAUAGUUGACAAACCCGCCCGAAUAAACAAUAUACUAGACGUUAUUUUCACCAAGGACAUCUGACCCCUCUAUAUGCACUACGACUGCGUAACCUUUGAAAUUGACCACAAAGCCAUAACAUCAACACUCCCCUUAAAAGCAAAAUUAGCACCCCAUUUUAGUAACAUCCGCCUAAAUCCAAAAAAACUUGACAAAACCCCCAUGAACAACUAUAUAAGGUAAUCGGAUUGGAGCCCUUUUCUUCUAACAACAUCGCCUAUGGACGCAGUUAACCUACUGUACUCUGUCCUAUAUAUAAUUCGAGAUACUUUCAUAGACGAAAGACUUCCGUAUAAGAAACCACUAAUUCCACACUUCCUUCAAACUAAGCUAAAAAAACUAAAAAAACAGCUUCACAACCCAUCUGUAAGUUAUUUAUCUACACUUCGACGAAGUAGAGAAAUUCAAGACCUAGUUACGAAAAUGGAAACACAAAACACCAUAGCCGCAAAACAUCGGGCAUUAGAAUUCCCUAAACGAACAGCUCAGAUGUUCAAGAAACAAAUGACUAAUCAUUGGCAGUCAGGACCACGAACUAUUAUUAAUGAAUUAGGAGAAGUUAUAACCAAUGACAACCAAAUAGCAAACUCAUUCAACAAAUAAUUCUCAAUUAACUACACAGUCGAGGAGGGAGCGACUCCCCAACUGACCGAAAUGACAGAACGCAUCCUUACUAAGAUCCUUUUUAUUGCAGAAACUGUUAAAGUUGCCGUUAAACAACUAUUCAACGCUAACUCUAAUGGGACGGACAAAAUCCCCCAUGUAUUCUGAGGCAUAUGACAUAUGCUCCAAUACUCCUAUCUACGUUAUUUACCCUACUCCAGUCAAAUGCAUUUUUUCCGGACAUGUGGAAAUACUCAACCACCGCACCUAUCUUUUAAAGCGGCAACCGAUCUCAUACCCAAAACUAUCGUGGUGUUCACAGAACACCGGCUAUAGCUAAAAUCCUCGAAAAAAUAGUCUACAACCAAGUACUAGACCAUCCCAUAGACGCCAAGCUCAUUCCCUCCUCUCAGCAUGCAUUUUAACCUAAAAAGUCGUGUCAGUUCUACCACCUAACUUUUUUGGAAUUCGUUUCCAGCAAUAGAGAUGAUGGAAACACAGUAGCUUCAAGAUACUUCGAUCUAACCAAGGCCUUUGACAAAGUCCCCCAUAAAAGACUACCGAUAAAGUUAAAAAGUCAUGGAAUUAGGCCUCCCUUUUUAGAUUUUCUUAAAUGUUAUCUUCAAAACCGACAUCGAUUGGUGCAAAUUCGAAACGUAGUCUCAGAACCACUCCCUAUUACCAGUGGAGUACUUCAAGGCACUAUCCUAGGCCCGCUUCUAUUUCUCAUAUAUAUUCACGACUUAUCGUCCACGUCAGUAACAGCUAGGACGUUUUUAUAUGCGGACGACCUUAAACUUGCAUAUGCAUAAAACGGGAACACAGUUGCCAAUAUUCACAGAACAAUUGAAAAUGACCUCAGAAACCUCAGCGAAUGGAAUCAUCAAUGGCAGAAGCCAUUUUCACCCGAAAAAUGUCAUCUCCUGAACUUUGGCCCACAAAACUUCCGCCCAUAAUUUGCGAGGAUAAUGAAGUAACGGAGACCCUAUCGGUCUUAGUCCAGACAAUUAUGACAAGCCUCCUGAAAAAACACGAACAAAAUGUGCGACCGCGCUUUUACAGCUUUUUACGGCGGGCCACUUACUUGUCCGGUCUUCUCUACUGCAAUUAUCUUUGAGGCUGCUGCUCCUUCAAGGGUUGGCUUGAGAUCAGUACCGUAUGUCAACUCUGAAUUGCAUGGAUCUUCAGCGUCACUCAUUCUUCAAUCAGAAAGUCAAGCUAGUGCGUAACUCAGUAGAGGGAGAACGGUCUGUACACAGGAGAUUUAUAUAGUGAAAUACGGUAUAAGGGGACAGAGGGCGUAUAGUCUCAAUGAAGAUGGGGGAUAACAGCGGUCAAAAGGAAUUAUUAAGCACUUCACUGCUGUGGUUAUGGGGUAUACAUUACAUUCAUUGGAGUCGUCUCCUCAACUCCGUUUGGACACUCUUUCUUGUCUGUAAAGUGAAGAAGAAAAAGACUCGUCCGAAGCACAGCACCACAAAUCGCCGUUUCGUCUUUUUUGACUUCCCGCCAACUUCGCCCCAGUCUGACACUACAGACUGACAACCACCAACUGGAACACGCCAAAAUUUACCCAACUGGAAAAUACUUUCAAGGUCAGGCCGAUAUCAAAGUUCUUUAAUUUCGAUGAAGGACAUAUUAUUCAUGCCCCCCCUCCCAGAAACUGCCAAAUUGCACACUUCAAUUUUUAUAUUAUACAUAUCGUUCUUUCUUAAAACAUUUGUUAUUAUUUUUCCGUGGAAGUCAGGUUUUUUUUAACUUAAAACAAGCUCUCAAUUCGUGCUUUAUUGGCUAAACGGACACCCAAAACAAAUGAAGUCAAAGUGCAGUCGAAAUGGUGAGUUUGUUUCCUGUGUUCAAGGGAGACUGACAGUGCCCAAAGGGCGUUAUAAUAAACCUAUUAUGUUCUAUUCUAUUCUAUCAUUGGAUUGGUUUGGCUUUCUCUCAUGUGACCAUUCUUCGUGAUGUCAUGUCCAAUGUUUCCAAGGACAUCCUAGUUUGUGCCGCAUAGGUAUCUCAAAUCCAAUUCUUUAGAUUUCCUUGCCUUUACUUUUUUUGCAAAAGACCGAAAACUUUGAGACAGCACUUGGGUGACCUAUCCACUAGCUCUUAAUCCGUUCAUCUUAGAGUCACAGAGAUUUUUGAAGUGGCCUCACGGAUGCGCCAAGCGCGCGACAGACAAGGAGAACCACUUGCUACCAGUGAUCUGGACGCUGGCAAAUCCAUCACUGAAAUCUUCUGUUAUGGAUCCUCCUCGAAGCGUGGUCACUAAAUACCACCCCUGAUAAAAGAUAACAUAAUAUCCCUCAUUGAUGACAUUGACAAGGCGGAUUUGUUAAGUGUUUUCUUCGCAAAACACCUUAUUACUGAGUCCGACCCAGGCCCUUUCUUUCGCUCACUUUCAGAUGGGACACUGAGUACAAUCGAUGUCUCCUCAGAUCUUAUUAGAAAGUUUUUAUGAGCAGCCAUCAUGGCAACAUCGCGCCUCUCGCUGGCGCCUGCGCCUACGCCCUAGCGAGAGCCUGCUUGGGCCCGCACGUCUGCCCAGCUUCGAUUUGUCUCGCUGAAACUAUUUCUGCAUCACACAUCUGGUCGAUUCUCUGCCUACACCAUGCGAGGAUUGUCCCUGACUUCGCGUGGGUUCAGAGCCAAUGAACGUAACCUCUCUCACUGACUGGUUACACAUCGGACAGAGUAAACCACUGGUGCAAACAAUCUGCCACGAAAUGUUUGCGGUGGUGACUUUCUGCGACACACAGCUGGUCGUUCUGGCAGACGCCUCAUUUCCCGGCGCCGGAUGCACCUUCUUCUAUUUUUCCGUUCGGAAUAAAUAAAUAAAGUGUUUCGGUGCUCGACUCUUCUUCUUUAAUCAUGCACACACCUAGAGUUAGAAAUUUCGCCUUCUUUCAUAAAAUUUUCUCCCCAACUGACGUCCCACUUCUUACUACAUGGGAUAUGGCCUGAAGUUGUGGCGCACUGAAUAUACACUAUUAGCGCUUAGCUGCUACAAAACGCAUAAGUCCUUUGAAAACUCACACCGUUCGGGAACGAACGAGAUUCCAAAUCCGCUUCGUAAACAGGCAUCCGACCUUCGCGUAUUGUUUAGUCGUUUAUUCCCUAGUUAUAUUUGAAAAGGAUUCUUUCCUGAAACAUGGAUAAAGUCAUUUAUCCUUCUUGUCAUCAAGUUUGGAUCUCUGUCCGAUGUUAAUAACUUUGGGGGUGUGCACAAAACACGGUCUCUAGCAAAACGUCUUUGAGGGAUUGUCUUCAGUGAAUUUCUCGAUCGAUCCUGCGAAACAUGACACUUGACAUUUCUUAUCCUAAUCAAUUCGCCUCGUAAUGAGCAGCAGUCAGUGGUAGUUAUCUACUUUGGUCUUAGCGAAGCCUUCGAAAGUGUGCCCCAUAGAAGUUUUUUGGUAAAAUUAGAAGCUCUCGGCAUCCGGUCACCUCUUCUCGACAUUAUCCGGUCCUAUCUACCCAUGGAUAUCAGAAAGUCAUGGUUGGUAAUAGCUACACGACACCUCACUCGAUCACGAGUGGCGUACUUCAAGGAACGGUUCUGGGUCCGCUACUCUUCCUUCUUUACAUCAAUAAUAUUUCGACUGAACUCAGAAAUUCGCAAACGUUUACUUAUGCCGAUGACCUCAAGUGUGUUUACAUAUAUUCUAAACAUACCUCAAAUGUUUGUGUGAAAAAAAAAUUAAUGCCGGCUUACUAUGCUUGAGCAGAUGGAGUUCAACAUGGCAGAUGCAGUUUCCAACAUCCAAGUGUAGUUUCAUGUCUUCUGGUCCUGCCACCUCCCUAGCCUCAAAAUUUUUCUGAAUAAUUCACUCUCAGAAUGGUUAACCAUAGAGGACCUAAGUUUGAGUUAUACAAAUUAACUUGCGUUAACACCUCACGCAGAUAGAAUCUUUGCCAAAGUCGCACAAAUAUGUGAGUUCAUAUCACACGUCGUAAAUGAGGCGAAGACUUCACCGAAUGUUUCUCCUUCCUGUCCUCGAAUACUGCUGUCCUUUCUUUGGUUUAAUGAACGCCGGUGACCGUAGUACAAUCAAAGGUUUUCAGAGGGUCAUCGCCCGGAUAUUGCUCUCUCCAGUCGCAAUACGUACUUCUUAUUCUCAGAGAUGUCAGCUGGCGAACAAUAAGUUUUUGUGGGUUAGAAGACUCGACGCUGGACUGUGCUUCUUUUAUUGCAUUAACUUUAGCUCUAAUCUUCCGCUCAUUGACAUUCUCACUCCGAAAGAUCAGUCUUAUGCCACCCGCAACUCCUCCAUGGCGAUUACGCUGCCUCUUUGAACUACAUCUAAGCGCUCCCUCUUUUUGGCUUCCAAAUAUGCCUUCCUUUCGAAUAUUCUUCCACCAGAAACUAGGUCAUUUCGUAAGAUACUUGUAUUCAAGUCGAAAUUUCUCAAAUAUAUUACACCGGAAAUGUCAACGGCACUGUUAACGGUCUCAAAUUCGAACGCUCAGCUUGUGGACUUCAGGAAGGGUCCUCCUGGGAUUUAUUAGCAGAUCAAGUGGAACUUUACAACCCUCUGUUUUUAAUUGGCUGAUAAAUCCCCUGCUACCGCUCCGUCCCUACAGUGAAGAAUUUCGCGGCUCUUGAUGUCAUCUCCUCAUCUCGAUCUGAAGCGGUCUGUCAACGCUCAUGGCGGAACCCUCUAUUCUCUUUGUCCACUAGUAAUUUGGUCGUACCUGCCUUGCCCACGCCUAGACUGAACUGGAAGUGGACUGGAAUCGAUCGCGUCUGGGUUCAAUUCAAUUAUUUUUAUUAAAGACCCGUCGGGAUCCCAUCAAAGCAAGUAAAAAUAAAUUUACAUGCAAUUUUAGACGAGGUAGGCAAAAUCUGUACAAAGUACAAUACACAGUUUUUGAGAUUAGAAGUCUGUUAAGCAAAAUGAAAAUGAAAAAAGCGAGGGGUGAAAAAAAACUCCAAAGCAAAAUUUAAAAAUGAUUGUAGUAAUUUAACAGGAGAAGAAAACCCCUCAGAAAAAUAGCAUCAGAAAAAUACAGGGAGGACUGGCCUGCAUGUGGCGGUACAGAAUGGAAUAUAGUCCGACAUCUACAUGGCCGAAAUAAAUGCCAGCUGUAUAUGUAUAUGUAUAUCUCUUAUCUCGCCACUUUGACGCGAAAAAUCUCAUCCAAUGUGUGAAUUCUGCUCAUACGAUGUCCGUUUUGAAUCUUUUAUGCAGAAAAACACACAGACUGGUCCUGUCUGACCCGCAUAAUUACCCCUCGUGGCUGACAUUUAUUUCUGCACUGAUAAUGUCCGCUUAUAAUACGUUAUACGCUGCCACAUACAGGCCGGUGCUGUGCGCAUUUUUAUCCUUUUAUGAGCGACAGUUUUCUUCUCAUUUAAAGUUAAUUCAAUCACUAUUAUUAUUAUUCUAAAAUAGAGUUUUUCACCACCCGCUCAUCAUUUUUAUUAACGGACUACUUAUUCAAUAACUAUUUAUUGCAUUUUGUAUAGAUUUUGUCUGCUUUGUCUGAAAUUCGUAUGGAACUAUAUUUUACUUGCUUUGAUGGGACCACGACGGGUAUUUAAUAAAAUUAUUUUAUUUAAUUAUUUUGCGCCAUUCAGCGACAGAAAAUAUCGUUUACUAGUGUGUUCGAAAACUGUACUAAACUAAUCUGCAUGCCACAAUAUCAAAAGAGUCUUAUAUCGCACGCGAAUCUUGAGAAAGUCCCUUUGCUAACUCCCUGUCAAAUUACUAUUCUUUAUAAAUUACUCUAGAAGGGAUAUCUAAGUAAUUAACUGGACAGAAAUAGCUUUAACGACUUUUCGAAAGGAUGGUGAGCGACUGAAGGUUAUAACGCGAAAGAGUCUAAAAAUUCGACAUCAUAGCAGGAAAUAUGGACUACUCUGCCCUGCAAAUCCCUCACAUCCCACCUUUUGUUUAAAUUGGCAAUAGUGGAUCAAUGAGUUUACCCUCACGCCCUUCGUUUAGAGGCGCGCCCUACAAUACUGCAGAAAUGUCGAAGCACAUGAGCCUUGAUUUCUUUGCGAAUGCAGAAUACAAUAAACUAAAUAAUUUCUAUAAAGAUAACUCCACACUUUUGGCAAGGUAACUGCUGGCGAGAAUGCACUUUUGAGUCUUCGUGUAAGCAUUUCGGCAUCCUGAUGCUUAAAUGGUUGCAUAUGCGUAGGCAAAUUAGGUUUCUGAAUUUAGAAAGCAUUAUUUUUUUAAAUAACUCAAAAAGCGUCCGCGAUCUUUUAAUAAACGACCAAUAAUGCGUGCAACAUCAUGAUUGCCAGUUUUCAUCCUUUGUUAUUGACAUACGGAUACUUCCCUGCCAGCACAUUGCCCCUUCAUAGGCGGGGCUGGAAGGGGCUGGGUGGGGCCAGAGCCCCGCCUGCCAGCACAUGGCUCCUUUAUAGGCGGGGCUGGAGGGGGCUGGGCGGGGCCAGAGCCCCCUCUGGAUUGAAACCUUUUGAAGCGUAUUUGCAUCGAAAGAUAUGUUCCAAAAGCACCACUUAUUGUACCUUCUUUGGAAUUUAAAGGAGCUAAUUUAUCAAAAUUGGCUUAUAAACCAUGGAGAAAGCAUCCGUUUACGCCCACUGAAUGUAGCUGCGGAUGAGCACAAUAUAUUGAGGUUUUGUUUAAGUCCCUCAUUGCUUAAACUCUUAUUUGUCCACCGGUUUACAAUCUGUGUGUGUUAUUUAUUCGUAUAUUUGACAAUGGGGACGAUAUUUUAAAGUGGUGCCAAAAGUGGGCUGGGAUGUGGCGUCCCCUGCGCAUUUUUUUGUUGCUGGCGGGGCUAGGCGGGGCUAUCGCGUUGCAUGCCCCGCCACAGCCCCCUCCACAGCCCCGUCUAGCCCCCUCAUAGCCCCCUCUAGCCCCGCCAUUAUUGAGGGGGCCAGGCGGGGCUAGGCGGGGCUGGUGCUGGUGGGGUUAAGUAACCGCGAUUGCGUCGCAUAAGGCGGGGUUAGUCUAGCCAGUACGUGUGUUCGGUCGAUUUGCUACAUUUGCGCGUUACAAGAUGAUUCAUGGUUUUCGAGGAUUACACUUUAGGCCACAGGCCUGAUAUCAUAAAGGGUAUCCAAGGGCAGCGAAAAACGACGUCCUUCUGCGCACUUUUCGAUGAAGAGGUCACAGGAGCCUACAUCAGCCCGUACCAAUGGUACGGCAUGCCAUAGCUCUGCCCAGUAACCUUUCAAUCCCCACGGAGAUAGUAUGCGCUAGUGUUGGGAUGGUGUUGGUAGAGAAAUGUCACUUAAGCCAGUUGGGCAACUGUUACGUACUUGAUUGUCCUAAUUACAAUCAGAAUACUUCAGUUCAUUUCAUAUAGUCCACAUAGGAACUACCUAGCAACACUUAUGUCGCGCAUUUUAUAGGACCAAGCGCCUAAGCAUUGUGCUUGCAAGAAGGACACACUGUUUCUAAAAUUUACACAAACGUGUGUACAAUCAUAAAUAUAUCAAUCGUUGCUGCACAAUAUUCUGCGGAGGAAAUCGAUUAUAUUUUCAUGGUAAGUAGUCGUAGAAACUUUGUCAAUAAGUGUACGUUUUGGUUCUGCGAAAAGGCAUGGUGUAAUUUUAGUUUUGGCUUGCAGGCCCGUUUUGCAGGGAAGCGGGUUUGUGACGUUUGGACAUCUAGAUAUAAUUUCAAAAAAGUUGUUAUUUCAGUAAUUUUUUAUAUCGUGUCCAAAUUUGAGCAUUACUUUAUUGAAGACUUUGAAGUUUGGGUCGAUAAUUCCUUAACGCGACAGUAACAUUCAAAGAUUUGUAACGGUUUUGAAGAUGUAAUAUGUCAAUGAGUUCUCUAAACAUAUUAUAUCAGGGGAGGCAAUAUGCAAAUGAUGCAGAGAAAGGUCAAAGCCAAAACCAGUAAUGCAGAUGACUGAGCAAAAAACAAAGGACAUUGCAGGCUAGAACAAAAUUGCAAGUACAAAUAAAGAAAGAAUAGAAGGCUAGCAGGCAAUUUUAAAAGGACAUAAAAUGUGCAUGGAAAAAAGCUGCUGUACAGAAAAAACUAACCGGAUUAUAAAGAAAACUUUAAAACGGAAUUACAACAAUGGGCUUAAACCAAAAACGUGUUGUUCUGUCUAUUUGUAUAAUAAGAGGUUGACUGAGACAUUGAUCAUCGCCAAGACAUGUGCAACUUCAAAAAUUGACUUGCGUUACUGUCAGCAAACGAUCCCAUUCUCAAAAGAAACUAUUUGUUAUCAACGCGUGUCUAUUAAGCUCUACCGUCUUCUACAUUGCCCGCAAGGUGAAGAUGAGAUUAAUGAUGUUUGGGCCGUGUCUUGGUUCGCAGGAGCUCCGAUCGGCCCGGCGAUGGGAAACCUUCGCCCUUCGGGAGGCCUCUACGUAUUCGUGUCUUGGUUUAUCAACACGCUACGUGCAUGCCAGCCGUGAAGCUUUUGACUACCUAUAGGGCUUGCAAGACUACUGACUCUUUUACUGAAGAGCAAUGAUACAGGUUUUUAAAAACGCUUGCUUUCUUAGCCCUUCUGAUGAAUGUUGAUAGAGUUUACCAAAAAGAAUAUUCGUAAUAAAACAAAAAAUUUAAUAAAUCCAAGUUUUUGAACUUUGACAAAAUCCAAGAAAACUGAACCAAAUUUAUCCCGAUCUAGACGUACAUACAUCCCUUACACCAUACUCGCGCUAAGAGUCGUAGUAUACUUAGCGUUUUAUGAUGCGAUCAAGAACUCCUGUAUGUAGAGCAGAAACGUCCAGGUUAUUAAGAUUUUAAAAACACGUUAAUAUCAGAAAGAAGUCUUUGUAUUUUCUGGUGGCAUUUCGGAGAUACUUUUUAUUUUUACAUGACAGAUUGGACCCAAAAAUACUUUUGUCUAUUACGACAGUGUGUAGAUUCCAGAAAAUUUGGUACAAAAGUGUGGUAUUAUGCAAAUUUACCACAUAGCAUUAAUCGAUCCUCGAAAUUUGUUAACUCAAUUCGAGCUUGACCUUACAGUUCUAAAACGCCCUUAAACGGGGAGUGGUUGCUUAAAACACCUUACACGUAUUUUAUAUACACGAAUGUGAAGGCACGAGAGUAGUAAUAUUAGGCUUUUAAGGAACAAAUCCAUAAUCUAAGAAAAUAUGUUAUUAACUGGACGGAAGCGGAUGGUAAUUAAUAGUGUGAUUGCUGCCAGCAGUGGAGUAGGUUAUUUGAUAACAUUUUAGCCGCAGUUGUUUGUUUUUAAUGUGAAAACUUUUUCAAAAGUAAUAUUUUACAGGACUUGAACACGCAUACUCCUCUGAAAAAGCGCCUUGUCGGCUUAUAAGCAACCUGUGCAACGCUCUUACGUACUUCUCCAUGGAAAUUGACAGUUUGCUACCAGGAAUUUAAAGCCAUUUAACAAGGUGCCCAUAUGGCAAGUACUUAAUAAUUUUAGACACUCACUGUCCUAAGAUUGACAUUUUAAAUACCUUUGGGGGAAAGCUGCGAAUAUAGUAAAAGUCGAACUAAGGCAAGGGUGAUUUGAAUCCCGUACCGCUGGCUUGUUCAUUUCCAGAAUGCUUGUUUGAUUACAUAAUUUUGAUUAAAAAAAUUAAAAGAUUUUCCAUUCUUUUCACUUUGCGAGGUAAAAUAUAACUAGGCGGGCAUUUUCCGAUGUUGCUAUUUAGCCUACGACGGCCUUCGUGCUUACUUCAUAACCCUUAUGCAGAAAAACAUCAAUUCGCUACUCAUCUCAUGCAUACUCUCUUGGUCGAGCUUUGUCUGCCAAAGUAACUGAUUUUCAUAAGACAUCCAGCAGUGUCAUAUCAGAGAAAACUUUCCAUUCAUUCUCAUCAUUAAACCGUCAAGCGUCACAUAUCCAUGGUGAACGUUGAACCUGCAACAUCUGACCAUAUGACGCAAAGUCCGUAAACCUAUCGUUUAGAAAUGGUGUGCAACUCUUGUGAAUAAAGAACACCAAGUAACCGUAGGUUGUCGUUGGAUAGCACUCGUGGGGUUUUAAAAUCUGAAAUGGAUUCUGAGACAGACGAAGGUCACUUAACGCACACGUCCCAGAAGCCUAAAUUUGAACGCGUAUUCAACAGUAUGAUUUCGAAGUCCUAGGUAACGUUUGAUGCUCACUUAAGUAAGCUGUUAAGACAAUACUGACUGACAGAUGUUCUUCCUAGAUUACAUGGAAGCUUAUUUAAGGUAUAGCACAAUUUUGCGCCUAAAAAUCUCUCAACGGAAAUAAGAAGUCGACAAAAUCUCUUUUUUGAAGAAAUGCGGUGAUAGAGACAAUUAUUUACACGUAUUUUUAUAAUAUAACGUUUCUCGAAAAAGUUUAAACAUAGUAACAGUUUCGUAAAUUCCCUGUAAAUAACAGUUGAAAUAACUUUAACCUGAAGAUUUGUUUUCUUUCAUAGAAAAACUAGUGAGGUAAACAUAGCACAAUAAAUUGCUUGUUCAGUCUGGCUUUACAAAUACCUAUCCAAAAUAGAAGUUAUUCUAGGAAAGUUCGUGCCGCUACUGUUGUGUCAAAUACGUUUCGGGAAGGUCUGCAAACACCUUCUAAAUGUGUUCAUGUUUAAAUAUGAUUUUAUAUAGAGAACCUAUUAAAGUGAAAGUGGAGAGCCUCUCCAUUUCCAUGAUUUUUUUGUGCUUCCAAUGUGCAUCGGAUCCAAAAUUCAUUAGUAAAAUGGAGAAAAUACGAAUAUUUAUACCCGCCUUUGCCGUUAUCUUAUAAGCUGAAUGCCACUAAUAUGCAGGAGAAACAGUCUGUAUUUGGGCCCUUUAUAGUGAAUUAGGAAUGCGGAUUCAUACUUGGGUGUCUACACCAAGUUCAAUUGGCAGAACAGUUUUUUAAACACAGUUAUGCCACGCUAGAAUAUAUUUUAAGCGGUUCGUUUAUUAUUGCAUGCUGUCGAUAAAUAAUUUAUCUUAGAAUGUCUGCGGCAUCUUCUCCGUAAAUAUUUGAGUUAUCUCGUAAAUGCUCUUGAGCGCCAGUAAAUUGUUCUAUUUGUUGGCAGAUUCUCCUAGUUUCGCGGUAGCUUAAUAUUUACCAGUCGGUAGUGUGAUUUCAGUUAAAAAUUGCAUUAUCCAAAAUUGCCGCAGUAACAAUUAAACGUGGUUUCUCAUAGUCCUAUAUCUUAAACCAACAUUUCGGAUAUAUAAGUACAAAUACACAGUCAAUCUUUCUUGCACCGCCUUAUUCAUUUGCAUCACGUCAUAGAUGCACAUAUAGCAAGGUAGUUUAAAGGUUACAUAUAAGGCUGAUAGUUUUUAAUAUGCAGGAAUAUAAUAGGUCUCAGUUAUUAAGCCUUUAAAAUGUGGUUUUAUUCCGUCUUAUGUCAACAUUAGACAACUAAAAAUAAAAUUUUUCUCAUAAAUAAUUUUUUCCUGAUUUUAUAAAAAUGCCUGAAGGAUCAAUUACAGAGAAGCGUUGCUGCAUUCUUUGCUGCGCCGACAAAAUCAGCGUUGGAAACUAACUCAGACGGAUCGUUGCCGGAAUUUAAUAACAGAAAAUUCUGAAAUCUGUUCAUCAUCCGUUGAGCCUCUGCAAGUUAAUGACAUGGUUAAGUUUAUACUUUCAAAUUUUCUAUGUAUAUAAAUUAAACCUGAUGUCCAUUCAUUUAGGCGGUUUUGGAUAUGUUAUAGAUGGUUGCUUAUACGCAAAAUACAUUCUGGAUACCCGUUGGCUUCGUAAAAACUGGCGUGACCACUGAUUAGAAAAAACGUCUGUUCUUCAGUUGUAAAGAUAAAAACUAUCAGAGGAUAAUAUCGGAAAAUGAUAUAAAAAUAACUUUUAAAAAGACGCCUAGUAUCAUUUCAUUUAAUAAUAAAAACAAUUCUUCCAUUGUAAUUCCAAAAAAAUUCAAUAAGUCGGUUUUUGGAUAAAAUAUUGCAAUAAUACAUUUUGUCCUCAAAAUGCAACUUUAAUAUUUUCAUAAUAGCAAAACAUUUAAGAAACAACCUGUUUUUUGAGCAGACAUUAAGUUGCGUUGGUCACUUGCCCUAUUUUACAUCCUUGUUUUUUGGUAUAAUAACUUGUAAAAUUCUGACACUGUGCUUUAACCGUUUCAAGGACAGCAGCGGAGAUUUCUGCAUUGAAAUAUCUGAAGCUAUUCAUAAAUUGCAAAUUUCGGGCGAAGAGAUAUCGGCAAAUGCGUCGAGUAUAGCCGAAAGCUUACAAACGGUUUUCCUCUCAACGCAAGAAAAUGGAGAACAUCGUAGAAAAUCCCUUUGGCAAGGUACGGUCAGCCCAGCUUAUUUGACCCAUAUUCUGUGGAUAUCAUACCAAACAAAGAAUUUUUCAAAUGAUGAGGUCACCUAAGCAAAGGCACACGCAAUAAAUUACUUAAGCAGUACAGGUUAAAACAAUUAUCAAAUAAUGAUAAAGAUUAGUAACCGUUGGUUUAUUAUAUGUUACUUUUUCUACACCUUUACCUAGAUAGUUUAUCAUAUAAAUUUUUAUCUUGUACUUUGUUACAAUGCACCUCUUCGGAGAAGUCUCUUUGGUUGGAACAUUUAGUAAGAACAGUUCAUUAAAAGAAAGAUGUGAUUUUGAAAAAAGGAAACUAUAGGUCUUACGAAUUAAUUUGCUUUCCCUAAAACCGUCUUUUAAGGCCCGUAUUUCGCUUUCUUAGUGCGAAAAUCUGCACAAGUUUGUCAGUUUCCACAAACGGACCAUACCAACCCCCGGUGAAGACGUUACGGCUGCGUAACGUCAGAAAAUCAAAUCGCUGUAGUUGGAAGUUAACUCUAGUGGCGACCGAUAAUUCGAUUUCCCAAAGAAAAGCGUACAUUCAAUCAGAAUGAAGAUUUUAGCUGCGACGUUCUAUAAAACUACUUACAAAUAACCAAGAAUAAGCAAAGUGCAAUCCUCCACAGGGGAUACUCGUACAGACCAAAUGAUUCGGCCCACAUCAAACGCCUGAUGCCAUUCAACAAAAUGUAUGUUCUAAAGCGAGGGUCGCACCCAUGUACAACAACAGCUUCAAGUGUAAAGGGUCCAAAUGUUCAAGGACAAAACAGAGAACAUAGGGUACGGCAUGCAAAUAAGUCGGAUAUAAAAAGACGGAGGCACGACGUCUAAAACAAUGGCUUUAAUGGUCUUGGCUUUCGAACUUGAGCGGGAGUUGAUAAUCAGAAACUGUUAAAGUGCAGCAAAGUGUAAACAUUUAUACCGUUUUACCGUGAGGGAGGAUUACGUCCCAAAGGAUAUAAGUGGGGAAUUUUCAAACUUGUUCGAAAGAAGGUAAUAUUAGUAUUCGUUUUCACUUUGUCUUACAAAGGGCAGCAAAUUCUGAACCUACUAGGUUUUAGUCCUUCGAGACACUGUGACGAUCCCACUAUUCGUGGAGUGUCCUGCGAUUCUGCAAAUUCUGUUCUCGGAUUUAAGGACAGACAGAAUCAAAGUGCCACCUCGGUGCUCCCCUCUGUGACGUCUAUGGAGGUAAGUCACACAAUAACUAGUUAGGCAGCAUUUUGUGGUGAAUUCUAGGUGGAGUACUUAAGAAAACCCGCUUUGAAAGUCAGCUUGGUUGUUCGAUUUGAUGGAUUCCAGACGUUGCAAUAGGCUAAGCGGUAACUUGACCCAAAUGUGGUUAAACUCACGUCUUCCGGUGGGGCCUCGUAGCCCAAGCGGCUAAAGCGUUGGCUGUACUGAAGCCUUCACCUUGCUGUCGUGGGUUCGAAUCCCACCGGGUGCCGAGUUUUUCACAUUCAAGUUGGUGUGAAGAAUAAUAUUAUUUCUUCUGGGCGUCUUUUCGCACUAAAACUCGAAGUCGGAGGUCUUGAUAAAAAAUACCCGACAAUGAAGAAUCCUGGUGGAUAUUGUGAAACGUUGACUGCACAUAAACUUCAGUAAUUAGAUCAUGCUGAGUCGCACACACUCUAUUGCCCACUUUCCGCCAAAGGUGCUGAAGUCAAUGCCGUUACCGCUCAAAUAAGACCAACUUUCAAAAUGUUUAAUCUGUACUAUCUUUAUGAUGCUUUCGAAGCGCGAUCCGUAGUUUUCGGAGUCCUCCAUGUUCAGUAGAAUGUCCUAUAUCUUCCCGUUUCCAACAUUCCCAAUAUCACGCUGGGUGCGAUAAUUUAGCCUCGAAAGAAAACGCUCAUACUAAAGCAGGGAAUGUAUUCUAAACCCUGAUGCGCCAGGGCUUUUUAUGUUGAGAUGUGUUUCUGAAACUGCAUCUAGACAUACCACCAUGCAUGCUUAUCGAUUUCGUGUGCCACAAGAGGAGGUGGGUGCGGGACGUUAAGUUGCGCAUACAUUAGAUUAUAUCGGCGACCAACUUGCGCAGCGUCGUCCGCACUAUUUCCUCUCUCAUUCACAUGAGACAAUUGGAUAGACAUAGUCAGGAAUACCGAAGGUGUGCUCGGCCCCAACCAUGUUUUGUGCGCAUGAAUUGAAUGCCUGUUAGAGACUAGUAGUUGCGCUACAUAAUAUUACACGUGAUGCUACCAAUCUGCCGCUGUAGAAAGGUCCGAGUUAUUAUUUUUCCUACUUUUGUAGAAGCAUCCGCAAAAACCUGGCGAAGAUGGCAGGGAAAUAACGAAAAACAGUUUUUUGGUGUAUGGUGACGCUAUGAGGUCGCCUCGUGUACCUCAUAGGUUACGCACAACGUUGGCGUCUUCCUUUGAAAGCAUUUACGAUGCUGUCCUAGACCAAAGGUAAUAGACGACAUUUCACUGUUCCCCGAAAAAUGGACAGCGGCCAGUUUAUCUAGACCUUAUUAAUGCAUGUUGUGAUAUUUUGGCAGUUUGUCAGUUAGGGCCGUAUUUUGAUAAAAGCAAACUUGUUUGCAUAUUUUAAAAAAUUCUAGCAGUAUUGGGAGCAUCUUUUCUUACAAUACUCCCGGUGGUUCAUGUUUUAGAGGUGGACAUAUCGUUUACCCAGAAAAAGCAUAAGUAUGAACGAAAUAUUUUUCCCUUGGACUGGAAUUAGGUAUUCGGGCAAAAUGUGUAUUACACACGUCCGUCUCGCCAUGAACGCAGAGGAAGUACUGCGUGUGUGGCUAACUUUAGUAAUAUAUUAUUAGCAAACGUGAAGUGAAAACGUUUAAAACUCCGGUUUUAAUAUUCAGUAAACUCGUUCCUUUCGUGAUAACUUUGGCAUUGGAUACAUCCGAAGUCUUUGAGCCGAACUAAAAUAAGAGAAGUUUAAAUUCAUUCCAAAAAUUAUUGCAGAGAUACUACCAAAAACGUUUAAUUUCGUCGAUCCAAAACCGAAUAUUCGCCGUAAAGUGCUAGUGUAGAACAAUGUAAGUUUCUCCAAAACCUAGAAAGUUAUUAUUUUUAAAGAGAAAACCAAUUUUAAUCGUGCCUACUCCUUCGAUACUAUAUAUGAAAAUAAGAAAUCAUAAAGGCUUCAAUAAAAUAAUUAUUACGCUCAUAUCCCAAGAAUUUUUGAUGCGAUUUGCGCGUUUGAAAUGUCAUGUCAAACGCCCUUUAAUUUGAUCAAGCAUAAUGCAGCACAAUAAAGACUGUAAACAAAAUUGGCAUUGGAAAAUGUAAAUUAUACCUCAAAAUCCCUGACAUAUUUAUACCCACGCUUUUGUGAAAUACUAAAUACACGUAUUUGUGGAAGUUUUGGAAUGAACAUUAAAGAGCCACUGGGAGGUGGAAGUAAAAAAAUAAGAUUUUCACUUACAAUACCGUAAAAGUGGUCACAGCGCAGACUGGCUUAUGAAGGCCUCGAAUAAUGUUUUAGCCAUAAGGAUUUUAGGGAAAUUUUGCACGCAGUUUUACUCCUUUAGCAUCCCUGUUUAGCAUGACCUGUUUGUUUUUUUGUACUGUGGACCAGUUCUCUGCCGCCUGCCUCAAAGAAGUCUGACGGAUUUCUGAUCAAAAAGACGAUUCCUCUAUCAUGA